UUGGCAGCUGAGGAGCAGAUUGAGACUAAAAACAUGGAUUUACCCCGGCCGCUCCUUCUCCUCCUGUGUGCCCUCCACUUCACCUUGAAUGGAGUGUUGAGCAAACACACAGAUCACAGAAACCUGUUCACACAGAGAGUGUGCUGCAAAAGACAGAGUCACUUUGUUUACAUUGGACAAGACAUCUCUGGGAGUCCUGUCAGUGUUGAUGUAGGGAUGUGCAGGUCUCACUGUGGGGGAGCAGUCAGGUCAUCACAUGAAGCAGGGCAGCAGGAAUACUCAAAACACUCCUCAAUGUUGGAAUUUCUCAGGAGCAAAAAGACAAUAACACGCAGACCCACACCUCCAGACAGCCCGGAGCUGCUGAGCCAGCUGCCCUCCUGCGGGGUUAACCAGGUGUGUGAGCCGACCGGGGUGCGUGUAGACCGGGUGCUUCUGAUGGAGGGACCCCGGGAGGUGGAGGUGAUCCAGGAGUGUCAGUGCGACAUUAAGCUGAGUCAGUGCAUCCGCGUCCCCGCACUCAAGACUUACUACUCCGAUACACCCUACGAGACGGUCAUCGAUGUAGGAGGAUGCUCCAGGUCCAAGGGUACACCAGAGGGCUUUUCCUGUCUACCCACAAAGUUUGACUCAGCCUUUGUGGAAACUCCAAACAAAGUGGACCUCAUUCAGACAGUGGCUGCCUGUGACCUGAAGGAGAGCUGUUACAGGGUUCCAUACGUGGAGUAUUACUACGAAAUAGUCCAACACGCAGACGGAGUCAAAGAGGAAAGACUUAAAGAAAUAGAUGUGGGCAGAUGUUUGGGAGGCUGCACUACAGGAAAACGAUGCCUUCUCAGGAGUCCAUCUGAUCCAAAAAUCUGCCACUUAUGGGCAGACAGAGAGUCCAGUUCCUGUGCUCCUCAAGGCUACGAGAGCCACAGCUUCCUAAACCAGCAUGGACAGAUCCGCACGGUCCACUCCAUCACUUCCUGCCUCUGCCAGAACUGAACACUGCGCCCUCUACUGGAGAAUAACAUCUUAUCCCUUCUGAGAAGCUGAAAGAUUUGAAUCCACAAAAGUUACAGCUUAUUACAGACCCCAUCCCAAUACUGAAACAUAUGUUUAAGAGCUUGCUUCCCUAAAGUAUUAUUGUAUUAUAUGUAAUAUAUGUAAAAAUGAUAAUUUUGUAAAUAAAUUUAAUACAACAAUCUUUAA